UAUACAUAGUUAUGAAUACUUCAGCAUUCUUUUUGCCGAUGUGAAAGGAUUCACCAAUCUCUCUACAACAUUAUCGGCUCAAGAGCUGGUUCGGAUGCUGAAUGAACUUUUUGCCAGAUUCGAUCGCUUAGCACACGAACAUCACUGCCUUAGAAUUAAGAUCCUGGGAGAUUGCUACUACUGUGUAUCUGGGCUUCCUGAGCCACGGCAGGAUCACGCUCACUGUUGCGUUGAGAUGGGACUCAGCAUGAUCAAAACCAUCAGGUACGUUCGGUCAAGAACAAAGCAUGAUGUGGACAUGAGGAUUGGCAUACACUCUGGAUCCGUGCUGUGUGGGGUCCUGGGUCUGCGGAAAUGGCAAUUUGAUGUUUGGUCGUGGGAUGUAGACAUUGCGAACAAACUUGAGUCAGGUGGAAUACCUGGGCGGAUCCACAUAUCCAAGGCGACUUUAGAUUGUCUCAACGGGGAUUACAAGGUGGAGGAAGGACAUGGCAAAGAACGCAAUGAAUUUUUGAGGAAGCACAACAUUGAGACCUACCUGAUCAAACAGCCCGAGGAAAGCCUGCUGACUUUACCCGAAGACAUUGUCAAAGAGUCUAUCCCUUCUUCAGAACGGAGAAACAGCGGAGCGACAUUCACGGAAGGAUCCUGGAGCCCUGAGCUGCCUUUUGAUAACAUCGUGGGAAAGCAGCAUACUCUGGCUGCCCUAACAAGAAAUUCAAUAAAUCUGCUUCCAAACCAUCUUGCACAAGCUUUGCAUGUCCAGUCUGGGCCUGAGGAAAUUAACAAGCGAAUAGAACACACCAUCGACUUGCGGAGUGGCGAUAAGUUGCGAAGAGAGCAUAUCAAGCCUUUUUCCCUGAUGUUUAAAGACUCGGGCCUGGAACAUAAGUACUCCCAAAUGAGGGAUGAGGUGUUCAAAUCGAACUUGGUGUGUGCAUUCAUUGUUCUGGUGUUUAUCACCGCCAUCCAAAGUCUACUUCCGUCUUCGAGAAUGAUUCCAAUGAUUGUCCAGUUUUCAAUUCUAAUUAUAUUACAUUCAUCUCUCGUGCUGAUGACCACUGCAGAGGAUUACAAAUGCUUACCCCUGGUGCUCCGGAAAACUUGCUGCUGGAUUAAUGAGACCUACCUGGCCCGAAAUGUCAUCAUCUUUGCCUCAAUUAUGAUUAAUUUCUUGGGAGCCAUCAUCAAUAUUCUCUGGUGUGACUUGGACAAACAACUGCCUUUUAAGAAUCUAACUUUCAACUCUUCGGUAUAUUUUACAGAUAUUUGCUCGUAUCCAGAGUAUUUCGUCUUUACCGGUAUCCUGGCUAUGGUGACCUGUGCCGUGUUUCUCCGUCUCAAUUCGGUCCUUAAGUUGGCCGUGCUCCUCAUCAUGAUUGCAAUCUACUGCUUCCUGACUGAGACCAUUUACUCUUCCCUGUUUCUCCAGUAUGAUGACAUCAAUCAUAAUGGAGACACAGAUUUCCUAGGGACGAAAGAAGCUUCCUUGCUCCUUAUGGCCAUGUUUCUGUUAGCUGUGUUUUAUCACGGCCAACAGCUUGAAUACACAGCAAGGCUUGACUUUCUGUGGCGUGGCCAGGCCAAAGAAGAAAUCAACGAGAUGAAGGAGUUAAGAGAACACAACGAAAAUAUGCUACGCAAUAUCCUGCCAAGCCAUGUGGCCCGUCACUUCCUGGAAAAGGACCGAGAUAAUGAAGAUCUCUACUCUCAGUCCUAUGAUGCUGUUGGCGUCAUGUUUGCUUCUAUCCCUGGUUUUGCCGACUUCUAUUCCCAGACCGAAAUGAACAACCAGGGCGUGGAAUGCCUACGACUGCUGAAUGAAAUCAUUGCUGACUUUGAUGAGUUAUUAGGUGAAGAACGAUUUCAGGAUAUUGAGAAAAUUAAAACCAUUGGAAGCACAUAUAUGGCGGUAUCAGGGCUGUCCCCUGAAAAACAGUGUGAAGAUAAGUGGGGCCAUUUAUGCGCCCUGGCAGAUUUCUCCAUUGCACUGAAUGAAAGCAUUCAAGAGAUUAACAAGCAUUCUUUUAACAACUUUGAGCUCCGCAUCGGUAUCAGCCAAGGCUCGGUUGUAGCUGGGGUCAUUGGUGCUAAGAAACCACAGUAUGAUAUCUGGGGCAAAACUGUUAAUUUAGCUAGUCGAAUGGACAGUACCGGAAUUAGUGGCCGAAUACAAGUGCCUGAGGAUACCUAUUUGAUCUUGAAGGACCGGGGGUUUGCCUUUGACUAUCGGGGAGAGAUUUAUGUCAAGGGAAUCAGUGAGCAAGAAGGCAAAAUCAAAACGUACUUCCUUCUGGGAAGAGUCCAGCCCAACCCUUUGACCAUGCAACCGAGAAAACUAACAGGACAAUACUCCUUAGCUGCUGUCGUGCUGGGGCUCGUGCAAUCUCUGAACAGGCAAAAGCAGAAGCAAAUUUUAAACGAGAACAAUAAUUCGGGCAUCAUUAAGGGUCAUUACAAUCGGCGGACUUUACUAACUCCGGGCGGAUCCGAAUCAGCUGUCCAGGCAGAAGCCGCAGACAAGACGGAUUUGCCAUAAGCCUGCAUCUUCCUUGUGAUUUCUUUUUCCUUUUCUUUUUUAAUUUCUUUUAUAUAUGAAAUAAAUAUAUAAAUAAAUAUGUUUUAAUUUUUUUU